UCACCCAACAUUAAUUUGCCGGCUCAAGCCAUCUCCAUACAUUAUUCCCCCAACCCAAACCCAUUAAAUUCCUCCUCCAAACAUUAUUCUCAAUCUCCACCCAUCACCUCCACUCCUCUAUCUCUCUUUGAUUUCAUCAAAUCAUGUUCAACCCAAUAUCACGAGGAACAAAUUUUAGCGACCCCAAAUUUAGCCUUGAAUUCAGCUGAUUUGAGCAUCGGAGGCUCUUUAGUUAGUAACAUACCAUCCACCUUCGUCCACAAAGUCAUUGCGUUUUUAGCAACGCAAAAUCUAAGCUAGAAUCUCCGUCAAUUUGUUUAAUUACUCUAUACGUAACUAACUUAAGCAUCGAAAAUUCUUCAACAAGUACCGCUAGCACGUCGGGUGCUACAAUCCUUACCGUGGUGGGCUAGCUAGCUCGGUUUCGGGUUAAUUGUUCGUUUAUCAUGGGCGGAUUCAUGGCAUUUUUCUAUUUCUUGCUCUUUGCUGUUUCUUUGGUUCUGGUUCUCCGGUUCAUGUCCAAAACAUCUCUGGUUCACAAAUUAACAAAAUUAUGGGAAUCCUUGGCGGACCGGUUCAGAGUCUACCAGUUUUACAAAAUCCCGCAGUUCAACGAGCACUUCCAAGAGAACCAGCUCUACGGCAAAAUCUCCGUCUACCUCGACUCCCUCCCUUCCAUCGAGGAUUCUGACUUCACCAACCUCUUCACCGGCGCCAAAUCCAACGACAUCGUCUUCCGGCACGACGCAAACAACUCCGCCGUCCACGACACCUUCCUCAGCGCCAAGCUCUCUUGGACUAUUCAGAAAUCCCAGUCCGACGGAAUCCGGUCCUUCGUUUUGAAAAUCAACCGGUCCGACAAGCGCCGCGUGUUCCGCCAGUACUUCCAGCACAUUCUUACCGUCGCCGAUGAAAUCGAGCAGCGGAACAGAGAUAUCAAGCUCUACAUGAACCUCUCCCGUGAAAACGAACGGUGGCGAUCGGUACCGUUCACGCACCCCGCCACCUUCGACACCGUCGUGAUGGACGCCGAGCUGAAGAAUAAAGUCCGGUCCGAUCUUGAGAAUUUCUCGAAAUCGAAGCAGUAUUAUCACCGACUAGGCCGAGUUUGGAAGCGGAGCUUUUUGCUCUACGGCCCCUCCGGCACCGGAAAAACCAGCUUCGUCGCCGCCAUGGCGAGGUUCUUGAGCUACGACGUGUACGACGUCGACAUGUCCAAGGUCACCGACGACUCCGAUUUGAAAAUGCUUCUCCUCCAAACGACGCCGAAGUCGCUGAUCGUGGUGGAGGAUCUGGACCGUUUCUUGACGGAGAAAUCCACGGCUGUGAGCUUGUCCGGGCUGUUGAAUUUUAUGGACGGGAUAGUGUCAUCGUGCGGUGAGGAGCGCGUCUUGGUUUUCACGAUGAACGGUAAGGAUCAGGUGGACCAGUUGGUUUUGAGGCCGGGUCGGGUUGAUGUCCACAUCCAUUUUCCACUCUGCGAUUUUUUCGCUUUCAAGAGCUUGGCCAGCACUUACCUCGGGCUCAAGGAACACAAGCUGUUCCCGCAGGUGGAGGAGAUUUUCCACAGCGGAGCGAGUCUUAGCCCGGCGGAGAUAGGCGAGAUUAUGAUUUCGAAUCGGAGCUCGCCGAGUCGGGCUUUGAAGUCGGUUAUCUCGGCGUUGCAGACGAAUGUGGAUAGUAUGAAGGGAGCGAACAAAGUGGGGCAAACGUUGUCCAAUAGUUCGUCGGGUCGGUCCGUCGACGAGUCGGGCGAACCCAGCGCCGUUUUUUGCCGGGAAAGUGUUCACACGGUGAGGGAGUUCAGGAAAUUGUACGGUCUUUUGAGAAUGGGGAGUCGGAGGAAGGAAGAGCCGCCGCUGGAUUCGAGUUCGGUGAAUUUGUAAUUUCAUGGCAUGAAAGGGUGAAUUUGUAAUUUCAUAGUGUUUAUAUAUUUUUUGAAAUUCAAUUAUUUAGUCCCAUUGUAAAAUGAACGAAGAACUCUCAAAAUUCAUCGUGUUUGAAUCACAGAAUUUUGUGUUUAUUGCCGUUUAUAUUAUAAAUCACAUUAUAAA